GUAUUUUUGGUAUUUUCGUAUUUAACCUUUUUUAUAAUAAGUACACACUGAUCUACAGCUGUUUUGUCAAAUAAUUCUUCGUUUAGAAAUAGUUACGUAAAUUCGGCAGGCAAAUAUGUCGAUCUUACGUUCGAAAUACUACGACUAUCCCGAUGGCGAAGAUGCCUUUGGCAAGAUUGUGGCCACAAACAAAUACGCCAUUGCCGCCGGUUUGGCGUGGUCUACAUUUGACGUGUUAACUCUCACCAAGCCGCAGGGCUACAUACCCACACUGGGACGCUUCGCCUACAACACGGGUCCACUGAUGGGCAUGGCUACAGCAUUUACGGUAACUACGCUUGCUGCCACAAAUAUUCGCGGAAAGGAUGAUAAACUAAAUUAUCUGAUCGGAGGCUUUGCUGCUGGUGGUGUCUUUGGUGCAUGGAAACAUAACCAUGUGGCUGGCCUUGUGACUGGCCUGUUUCUCGGCAUUGCCGGCGUCAUCAAGAAGAUGUCUAUUGAACAGGGCUGGGAAUUCUUCCCCGAUUCGCCCACGCAUCAAUACGGUGGCGUAAACAUUGCCAAGAACGAUUACACUCUUAUGGCCGAUCGUCCCGGGAACUGGACCACAGAGGCGGAGGAGAAGAAGUGAAGAGCUAGAGUUAUACAGAAGAAAAACUCUCAAAUGGUUAAAAGCUCUUUCGUGUUUUUAGUUAUUAAUGUACAGAUGAGAAGCUGGCAAUUGUGUGGUUAGCAAAAUAACUGACUGCCAAUGAAUAAACGCCAAGUGAGAAGUGA